UCCUCAAACUUAGAUGACCAUAGAGAUACACACUGUCAGUCUUUCUUUUUUACUUACUGAGUGAUCAUUUUACACACGGACACCAGCCAUGGCCAACACACAGACAAAAACUGUGGAUGUCUUUAAAUCUGUUGUCUACAGGAUUCCUGCUCUUUUCUACGAGACAGAAAGUAACACUCUUCUAGCCUUUGCAGAGCAGAGGGAGACAGAAGCUAAUUGCACUGCGAAAGAGCUGGUUAUGAGAAGAGGAACACUGAAAGAUGAAUCCCCUGGUGUGAAGACAAUUGAGUGGUCAGAGCUCAAAACAGUGGUGGAAAAGGCAAAACUUGACAACUACCGUCCUCUGAACCCCUGCCCAGUGUUUGAGAAGAACACGAAAACACUUCCUGUUUUUCAUUUGCGUUGAAGAUCGUGUGGAAGAGCAAUGGCAGAUAAAAAACCGCACCAACAAGGCCCGUCUCUGCUACAUUACAAGCGAGGAUCUUGGACAAAACUGGAGUGAAGUGACAGAUUUGACAUACACACUGGGCGAAAUUAAGAACUGGGCCACAUCUGCUGCCGUAGUCAGGGAGGCUGAAAAGUCCAAAAGGACUGGAGUGUAUGUGAUGAAUUUACUGUAUAUAAUGGCAUAUGUUCUUCAAAUACAAGUAAAUAAUAAAAAACAAUAAUAUAUCAUUUUAAGAGGAACGCUGAAAGAUGAAUUCUCUGGUGUGAAGACAAUUAUGGUAAACAAAUCCAAUCAGCUCUGUCAUUGUUGGCUGAAUUAUAUGUGAAUUACAGUAUUACUUUCAACUCCAUCAAAAUUGCUUUGUUUUAGGAAAUUAAGUAAUUUCUUGUCAAGGAUCAAUAAAGUACUAUUCUAUUCUUUUAUUUUCACACCUCUGAAUAAUAUCUUUUCCAGUGGUCAGAACUCAAAACAGUGGCAGAAAAGGCAAAACUUAAUGAUUACUGUCCUAUGAACCCCUGCCCUGUGUAUGUGGAAGAAACACUUUUCCUGUUUUUCAUCCGAGUUUUGUUCCAAUAAAAAUAACACCCCUCCCUUGCUCACACACAUGUCCACCCAGUCUCAGGAAAGCCUAUAAACCCUCCGGCUUCGAUGACCAUAGAAAUACACACUGCAAGUCUUUCUUUUUUACUUACUGAGUGAUCAUUUUACACACAGAUACCAGCCAUGGACAACAUACAGACGAAAACUGUGGAUGUCUUUAAAUCUGUUGUGUACAGGAUUCCUGCUCUUUUCUACGACAGAAACAGUGAAACUCUUCUAGCUUUUGCAGAGCAGAGGGAGACUGCAGAUGAUGCCAGUACAAAGAACCUGGUUAUGAGUAGAGGAACGCUGAAGGAUGAAUCCUCUGGUGCAAAGACAAUUGAGUGGUCGGAGUUCAAAAUAGUGGAAAAGGCAAAACUUCUAAACUGCCGUCCUAUGAACCCCUGCCCAGUGUUUGAGAAGAACACCAACACACUUUUCCUGUUUUUCAUCUGCGUUGAGGAUGGUGUGACAGAGCAAUGGCAGAUAAAAAACUGCACCAACAAGGCCCGUCUCUGCUACAUCACAAGCACUGAUCUUGGACAAACCUGGAGUGAAGAAGGUGUGACAGAGUUGACAGACAAACUGGACGAAAUUAAGAACUGGAAAACAUUUGCUGUUGGGCCAGGCCAUGGUCUUCAAAUGAAGAAGGGUAGAUUGAUUGUUCCUGUUCAUGCUUAUGCUUGUGUUUGUGCUCCCUGCUCUUCCUGCUGUUGUUACAUAACGUGUAUGUGUUCGUGUACGUGCUCUGCUCCGAAUGCUCUUGCCCUGUACAGCGAUGAUAGGGGCAGCACAUGGAAGUUAGGCAAAAUGUUUCAAUCACAAUCAGGGGAAUGUCAAAUGGCAGAGAUUUUUGAUGGAGACAAAAGCUCCAUCUACUGCAAUGCCCGUAGUCGGGGAUGCUGUCGAGUGGAAGCUGUCAGUGAAAAUGGUGGAGCUGAUUUUCACACAUUGAGCAAUACUACAAAGCUUGUUGAAACUGAUUCAGGUUGUCAGGGAAGUGUGGUCUCAUUUCCAGCUCAAGGUGAAGGUGCAGAUGCAGAGGGUGACCCAAAGUGGCUGCUCUACACUCACCCAUGUGAUCCGUGCAAAAGAUUUAAUUUAGGAGUGUAUGUGAACAAAUCCCCAAAGGAUCCAAGUAAGUGGAGCAAACCCUGGAUUAUUAACAGUGGACCCAGUGGUUACUCAGACCUGGCUUACAUUGGUAAUGGUUGGUUUGCAUGUCUGAUGGAGUGUGGGGUGAAGAAAGAAACAGAGCAGAUAGCCUCUGUGGUUUUUAGCUACGAUGACAUCAAGCAAUCCACUACAAUGCAAUGUAUAAUGUCAUGUCAGUGUUUUAAAUGUCCGUAAAUGACAUGACAAUCAAAGUUAUGCUUGGAUGCUCUAUACUUUGGUAUGGUUUAACAGCCAUUUACAAAUACAGUUAACUUUAAGUUGCUUACAUUUUCAAUUUGUUUUGAUUUCAGCUCUAACAACCAUGACACUUAUGUAUAAUACUGCGCUGACAUUUUACUGUACUUCUCAAAUGUGUAUUUACAAAGAUGCUAUAUUUACCCAGAGGUUGUGUUGUUUAUAAAAUGUAAAGAGUAAAAUACAUUUUGACAAAUAAAUUGAGUUUUAAGAGCUUUCACAACUAAUUAGGUGAUGGAAACAGCAGGAAAAGUACUUCCUGUUUUUUUGUUGAUAUUUAACACCAUAGCCAUUGUGGCAAACAUGUUGUCAUUCACCAAUAUCACAUGACUAUAUAAGAAUAAACGUUUGGUUUCAGUCAGGAAAUGUUCAAGAAGCCAUGUUAAAAGAAACCAUGUUGACUAUCAGUCAGAAAAUAUUGCUUUUGUUUUUCAACAGCAGAGACGCCAGCACU